CCCUGCCUGCAGCUAGCCAUGCAACUUGUUGCGCCGGUUUUCGAUUCUCAGUCUUCAUUCCAUUCUCAAAUCCCCCGGACGUCGACCUCCGAUCUUCAACUUGCCGGAAUCGCUCUGAACAAACCACACCACUCAUCACGAUGCCCAAUCCACUGUGGUUCAUCUUCUGGCUGCUGGUCUUCUGGUUCGUCUCCUUCUUCGUGGCCUUUUUCUGCGCCUUCUGCUACAUUUGGGUGUACGCCUUCGCCUCCUGCAUUCCCGCCCUCACGGGCAUAUCGGACGUUCUGCUCCAGGGCGUGCAGUUUCCGUUCUACUGCGGAAAGGCCAUGCUGGAGGGCAAACCGGCCUUCUAGGAGGGAUCCCCCUACCAUAUCUUACGUAGUGUUUAUAGCUUACUAAGUGCCUUACUACUGAUAACUCUUCUUUUCGAUCAUUUUUUACAAUAAAGAUUUAUUAACUUAUAUUUACAAACAAA